AUGAUCAGUGCUGACCAGUUAACCUGUACACUGUUUGAUUUAAUAGAGGAAGGAUGGCAUAGGUGUUAUCAUGAUAGAUCACACAACUUGUUACCUUUAUUUACACGAUUUCAAGAGUUGUUCGCAUUCGACGUGGAGAAUUUGAGAAGAAACUUGAAGGUGUUGGAACAACGAUCAAAUUUCCUCGUUGCGUUCCUGAAAACCUCCAUUUUCAACUUGCUCAUGCUAGUUGUUAGGAAGGAUAUCUCCUUUCUUUUCAGAAUUCAUGAAUCUGUUAGGAAGAAGAAGUCAAGGGUAAAGUUUGCUGGCACAACUAAUUCUUCUUAUAUGAACAUUAUCUGUGUUUGGUUGUGUGAUAAUGCACGGAAGAACCACUUUGCUGUUGAGUCGUGGCAAACCAUGGUGGAGGAAUUGUCACUCCUGGAUGAUUCGAAAGAUCCUUACCUCUAG